CCGCAGCUUGUGCGCUACGUUUUGUUCUGAGUAGACAAACGGCGACAUAAGAUAGAUUUCUAUGUUCAACGCUCGUGAAAGACGUCAUCUCUCUUUACUGAAUCUGUAAGUCAAGUAUCAAAGCGGAAAUACUACAGUAAAAAAGGCCACUCAUCCGAAACAUGCAUCGUAACGCUGAAUUGCGAUCGCCAUCCAUUCAACCUCGAGUGUGCAGGAAAAAUUGAGCACCGAAUCACGCCUGUUUGCGUCAAUGACAAGUUAAAAAGUUUUAACAAAAUCAAGGUAUUGUGUUUCCUUUGCAGCCGGAACUUUUAGAGGAUAAAGGGCCUAGUUAUCAACGAACUAAUUCACAGUUAGGCUUACAAGUGCCUAUAAACACAGUUCCAACAUAGCACGCAAGUAAGAGCCAGGUAUGUGUAAAACUGGUAACAUUCUGUUUCGCAUAUGAGAACAUUAUGAAAUCAGGAUUUUGUCACUUUUUAACAAUUUAUCCGCGAGUUCAGAUAUGUGUGAUCUGAAACGCAAAAAAGAUUGGUAAUAACAAAUUACUGAUUCUAUUCAGUACCUAAUAUAAAAUAUUGUUAUUGUCACGAAAAUUCUAAUCUACAAAAUUUCAUUCACCUGACGACUCCCUUUCCAAGGAGGAAGAAAUUAAAUCGCAACUCUUCUGGGAAACCUCGACAACUCAGUACAUGUUUGAUUUUCGCCGAAAGAAUGUCAUGUUCAAUACCUUUUACGCACGAGUAAUCUAGAUGAUUGAAAAUGUUGCUGAAAUUUACAUUUCGGACAAUGCUCCCGUUACGCACGGAAUCCGCUAUGGAUAAGCUUGCCCGUGCAAGUAGGAAAGUAAAAUUCCUGCAUUGAUGCUUAAAUGUCAAGCAACAGAGUCGUGACUCUUCUCAAAGAUUGAUUGCAGUUACGCCUGCUGACGCUAAUUACACGAUUCAACAGACAAUACCCAAUGAGUUGCUAGUAAUCGGAUCCUUGUGUUUGCGAAAAGAUUUCUGGGAUCGCCACGGGGCCAACGGUGCAAGUUGUUAGAAGGAAAUAUAUGGCGAAAGGCUGUUUCGACGUCCAAAAAAACGAUUUUGGAGAGAGAUCAACGCUUUUUCGCAGCAGUUUUAUCAUAAAUGGAUUGAGAUAAUGUUGAUGCGAGGGAAGAGUAAGUUUUUGUCAUCAUUACCACGAAAUAUGUUAUAAAAUAUACCGAUUCAUUUCUCUCCUUGCACAAGGUCUUUGACUGAUAAAAUUGUAAAAUCUCAUUGAUUACAACACAGAGACAAUGUAGGUGUUUACUCACUAAUGUAUCACGAUAAUAUUUGAUGCAUACAAUUUUAAACUUCUGCUGCCUCGAGGUAGCCGUUGUAGCAUUUUUUUUGUUUGUUUUUUUUUUUACCAAGCUAAGAAAAAAGCUAGAUGUAGACUUAACACAAGUACAUAAAGCUGAGACGGCUUUAUUGAGUUGUUUCUUGGCGAUCUAAAGCUAACGUUUCUAAAGUUCGAGAUCAUUACGCGAAGUCAGUUUCACUAAACCCUUGCGCAUGAAGAAAAGUUAAUCGUUAGAUUUUACAGCAUAUUUCACGGUUGUUCAAACAAAACCUUGCAUUUCCCCUGUAUCAAUAUUACCCACACCCAUUUCGAACAAAACAGCAGUAAAAAGCCCUGAUAUCUCGCAAAAUCGAUUUUUUUCGACGUCGAAACAACCUUUCGCCAUCCAGUUGCAAUGUUUGUCUGGUGGCGAUCCCAAAAAUCUUUGCGCAAACACAAGAAUCCGAUUACUGGCAACUCAUUAAUUACUUGGCGCGAGGCAUGACUUGUUCAGACAUUUCUGAACGCCAAAAGAUCCUUAGACUUGAAUGCCACACCAAACACGUGAAUCCAACUGAGCGCACAAGGGAUUAGCUAAGGUGCUCCUCAAAGUGCCAUACAGAGUCGCUCGUCACUCUCUGAUUUAGAGAAAAAAAAUUGAGCACAAUCUGCCAAAUUUGGCGUGCAGUAGUGGAAAGUUCUCUUUAGUAAAGUGGGCUAGAAUCUUUCGACAGCGAAAAGGCCCAGAGAUGAUCAAAUUCUGUCCACGUGCGUCUUCUUUUUAAUGUUCACUGCUGAUUCUCAAAACCAGUCGCAGGUCACUGGCCUGGAAUCUUUUCGAUCUCUAAUUGCAUAAAAGCACGUCUCAAAAUAAUCUGUACUUGAGCUCCCUUUUUCUAGGAUAACUCCAAAACAGAAGCAUGUAAAUGAGAACACUUUCAAAAGCAUAAUCCCAUGGGAAAACAAAAGCUUUUCCGUUUUCUUCAUCGCAGCUUUGUCUAAAGAUCUCGUACUCCUGGAAACAUUCUUCCGAGGGACUCUUGUAGGAUAAACUCGAAAAUGCCUCAACAACAACAUCCUAAGACAGCUUCAAAGAAAAGAAGUAGCGAUGAAGCGUGGAAUGGAUGUCUAGAGAAAAAGGAAAAAUUGGAUUCUGAAACAGCAGGAGCUGAGACAACCCCAACCAAACAAGAUAAAGAAGACGGCAUCGGAAUGUCUGUGGAAUUGCGUACUGAAGAAGAACUUACUGCAUCCAGAUACCUUAAAGAUGAGGUCAGAAUGCCUAAGUCUUUCUUCUUGAUAUUACUUUACUUACCUGUACCCGAUUAAGGUCGAUUAAUGGUCGGCAACGCACGUUAAGUGAGUCAACAUAAACUCGAGAUGCACGAAAUGGAUAAUUUAGCAAACAUUGCCUUGUGGCCCAAAUAGUUUCUAGUUUCACCCUUAAUUUCAAUUGCAACUGCUUCCUUUCCAUGAGCAAGCUUUCCUUCUCAAGUUUCUUUAUGUAAUGUCGAUGGAAAAAAUGACCAGAGUCUCCAAUCAAUGUCCAGUGGAAUUGGAGCCCGUGAAAUUAGAGAGAGAAGUAUUUCGAUGACAAAUUUUGCCAACUUAGAGGACUUGUUAAGAUGACUCUUGUAAAGGACAAGAGGAAUCAUUUCUACUCCAGAUAGUCUUUCUAAUAUAAUAAGCACUUUCCAAGGAAAACUCGCAAGGGCAUGCAAACACAGCUUGAAGCUCAUAAACAUGAAAUUGUUAAGGGCGUCUUCCAUACGUAAGUUGCUUUCAUGUUGACCCACAUUGUUGGAAAAGGAUAUGUGAAAGGUUAUCAAGAGAAAAGAGAAACUACAAAGAAAUAUAUAAAAAGCAACUUUAAUGUUAGUUUUUUUGUGUGUCUUUUAGAGAAGAGAAAGUUUUCCUUAUUGUGUACAAUCCCUUCUUCGUAAAGGCCUACCACUCAGGCCUGGACAACCUGAUGGCAACCUCUUGAAGGUUCAUGAACAUAAUGGAAAAGGUCAAGAAACGAUAACUGUAAACUUCACAGGAACCAGUCCGUACGAUCAACCAACAUGUAAGGAAACAGAGCCCAACUCGUUCCCAGUCGUCUCCUAAAUGUGCACGGUACUUAACCCUUUGACCCCUGAGAGUGACAAGCAUUUAAUUUCUCCUUACAAUAUCUCCCCAAAAUCACAGGUUAAGGUCAGGAGAAUAAAGGAAAUGAUCACCAGUUAGAGAAGCUGUUGAUUGUGAGACAAAUUCUCCUUUUCAGUACAUUGAGAAAUAUGUAGAGGACAUUAAGGAGAAUAUGCAUACUGAUGUUGGGGUGUAAAGGGUGAAAAGGAGACUUUCAAGAAAUUUAGUAGAGACGAAUUAUAAGAUUUCUGUUUAUUAUGUUGAGUGGAGGGUUAUCAACCUCUUAGUAAGGGGAGGCGUGUAAACUACAUUUGCUACCCGUUGUAGGCAACUGUCAACUGUUGUUGAAUCCUUUUGAUCCAAUCAGCAAUUCUCCUGCCUAGCUGCUAUACAUUUCCUUUUAAUCUGGUUUUUAGAAUUUGCUAUUAUAUCCUUUUUGGUACAUCUAUUCUAUUCGAUAUUCUCCGCGUUCUUUAUAAACAUCUAUAUGAUUUCCUAUUGCUGAAGUUUGUUUUCUGUUCUUGCCACCUGUUCACUGGAUAUUGCAAAUAAUUAACCCUCGAGUCCUGUUUUGUUUUUUUUUUUAAAUGAAUGGCCGUUUGCUUUUCGCGUAUUUUACAAUCCUCACGUUUGAGAGAUCGCCUAGAGUUGUUUUAGUGAGCUUUUCCGAAUUCAUCUGCUUUACUUAUAGCGUUCCUUUUGGUGAAAGACAAUGACACAGUUUCACACGUCUUUCAGUACUGUUCAGGAAAGGACAAUUAUUACCUGGCUGUGAGGAAGGCCAGCCCUGAUGUGAUCUUUCGUGUAAGUGCAAUACUUUAGUAGGAUAUCUCAAGAAGACAAUCAAUUCUACAAAAAUUAGCCACAGGAAGGUGAAGGAGUCCUCGGAAAAUUUUUAAGUUUGUUGAGGCAAAGCCGGAUGUAUUCUGUCGCAUUUUCAGAGCCAAAAUCUAAUCUUCUUUCGUUUUAUCGAAGGCUUCGUUUGUCAAAUAUUCGUAAAAGAGAUUAACAUAGCAACUUAUCGUUAUCUUUUGUUGUUGUUGUAUAAGUCAUAUCGUGAAGAAUUGUCUCACUGUUUUAAAGAAAACAAACGAAAUUUUGGCUCAAAAGUGCCCGACACGAACACGAAAAGUAGCCGACACCUUGCGUCGGCCCUCGACAGGCCUCGACAACUUUCGAAAACAUUAAUUGAGAAUAACGGAAAUGAUCGCCAACUACCGAAGCUAUAGAUCGAUUUCCCUUUUAAGUCCUAUAGGAAAUUUAUGGAAAACAGUACCGAGAAAAUAAACCACCUAAUUUGAAAAUGUGCUUGAUCAUUCUAUGUGAUAUUUUGGGUGAUAUUUAGCUUCUGUUCACUGAGUUGUACCUCUCUCUUUCUUUUCUUUUCUUUUAUCCACAGAGACUUCAAAACUUUCCAAGAAACGAAAAAUAUUUCUUCCUUCUCAACGAGGUCAACAAAAAAGGUAACUACUUCACAAUCCAGUCCGUAAAAAACAAGGAGUACCUAUACUGCGAAGAAAAUGGUAACGUCAGUAUGAAGGUGGCAGGCAAAAAAAUGAGUAAUGGAGUACCUGAAGAUCGGGCUAUGUGGUUCUCCUUUUUAGAUUAUCAGCAACAAGGGCAUUCAGAUCUUAUUCAAGAACAAAAAACGUAUACUGAGAUUUCGUUGAGUUUGAGUGUUUCGUGCAACGACCACGAAGAUACAGGUGAAAAGCAGACCACGGCCCAUGAAAGUGGGCCUGCUGAUGACUCGGAAAAAGAAGCCCCGAAAGGUCCAGGAGAGCAGCACAUAACUGAGGAUAUUGACCAGGGUGAAAGGGAAGACUCACAGAGGCGAAAACAUGAAGGACCGGAGGGUAAAUGACCAGGGUAAAACAGAGGACCUUGCAGGAGGAAACUCUGAGGGUCUGAAGGAUGUGUGCGACGCAGAUCAACGGGAAGGAGACUCUGAGGGAACUGCUAAAAAUCAAUAGAAAGAACUCUGAUUAAGCAGAGAAGUGUAACUCUAUAGACACCGAGACACUUACUUCAGAGUAAAACCAAAGCUGGAAAAUGAAUUAGUAUUAAAGGCAUGCCUGAUUUUAAAGCUAUUAGUUGAGGAGGUGAAGUACAUCGUAAAAGGGUUGAUAACAUUAUUCAGUUCAGAUGCAAUAGGAUAAUUUUCCGUAAGUUAAAAUACUUCUCAGUUUAACUAGAAAUUAUUAAAAAUUAUAACGAACAGGAUUAUUUACAGCAUUACUUGCAAGA